GCGCGGCAAGGUUGCCGGGGUAACUGAAGGGGCCCGGUUGCUGAGGCGACCGUUAGGCAGCCGCAGGCAGCUACCUCUGCUGGGGGUUUGAGCCCAGGAGACAGCUGAGACACUCGCGUCGGAGCUACAGCGGCUGCAAUGGCGCAGGAAAGCUCGAGGCAGGAGAGACAGGUGCGAGACCGUGGCGCGACCAGAUCCAAGGUGGAAAAGGUGCGGCCACCCACCGUGCCAGUGCCGCAGGUGGAUAUAGUUCCCGGGCGGCUCAGUGAGGCGGAGUGGAUCGCGCUCCUGGCGCUGGAGGAGGGCGAGGACGUGGUGGGAGACAUCUUGGCCGACCUGUUAGCUCGAGUCAUGGACUCUGCCUUCCAAGUCUACCUGAACCAGCAGUGCAUUCCAUUCACUGUCAGCCAGUCCAAGGAAGCCAUGCUACAGAUAGUUGAGUGGCGUUUCUUGGCCCGGGACGAGGGAGACGCUGCAGUGGCCGAGGAUCCCUCGUGGGGUGAGGACGAGGAGCCGCUGGCAUGCGUGACAGACACCUGGGCUCAGGGCUCGGUGCCCGUGGUGCAUGCGCCAGCCUACGAGAGUCUGGAAGACUUUGAAGAGGAAGAUGAAGAAGAAGAAGAAGAAGAAGAAGAAGAAGAAGACGAAGAAGACAAAGACGAAAAUCCUGGGAGCCCAGGCCGGAUCCUUUUAGGAAGAUCCUUGUUGGCUAGAGGCUCCCAGGAGCGUUCUCCGGAGCUGAGAGGCACCCCGGGCUCUCAGGCUACACCUAAGCUGUUUCAGAAGGCAGGAGCUGGAGGAAUUUUGCAGGAACCUGACAGCCAGGCAAGAAGCCACCUCUUCUUGGCCAGGUCUUCGAACGAAAGUUUACGACAGUCGGGGGAGGCGGUGUGUGUUCAGAGUCCCCUCCCUUCCCUGGAGCUGUCCCAGGUAGCCAGCCCUUUGGCUUCUGCCGAGAGGGGACAACCCCUGGGCUCCUACUUGUUGCCCGAGGACCUCUACCCCCAGCCAGAUGCAACUGGGGACCGGCUGCUAAACCUGACGGAGAGGAUGUCUCUCAUGGCCUCGGGCGUGUCCUGCCCCUCUGGGGGCAACCCCGCCAUGCUCAGCCCCUCUGUGUCUGUGCAGUUGCACCAGCCGGGACGCUUGGGUGUGCCUCACUACCUGGCAGGCUGCAAGGCUACAACAGCGCGCCUGGACCCCAAGCAGCUUCCCAGACACUGGGUGCGCCCCCAGGCUGAGGUCGUGAUACCAGACUCUGAGUCUCAUCCCUUGGAAACCUACCGCAGGCUCAAGAGGCGCUGCAAGAUGGAGUCCAGAGCCGGACCACAAGGCCCUGUGCCUGGCGACCGUGUCUCCCCAGCAGCUUUCUUCCCUUUCCAGCCUAAUGUUCUUGGUGCUUCGGGCCUAGACCCCGCUUUAAAUUUAGGCCCACUGUUGCCAUCCUCCAGGGCAAAGGUGCCAUUCCCCAGCUGUGGGGCCCACUUCUUCCCCAAGCACUCUGUGCAUGCUGAAGUUUCUCAAAGCUCUAGUUCUAAACAGUGGCCCAGUGCCAAGUGGCCCCAUGGCUGGGAGGUGGGGGCUGAGAUGCUGGGUAAGGUGUGGGCUGGCCGGACCCGGGUACCUCCACAGGGCUUGGAGCCUGCUGACAAGGAAGACCAGGAUUUUGGGUGGCCCCAAAUAGCACCCCGGAUCCUCGAGGCCUCAUCCCAGGUGCUGUGGAAGCCGGUGGUGCAGCCAGAAACCAUGAGGUUAGCUCCUGGUGUGAGCAUGAGGAACAGGAGCACCCAAGUACUUCUCAGCUCUGCUGUGCCCCAGGAGGCCAAAGAACAAGGUACUUCUUCACUUGACCAACAUGUCAUCCAGACAGGUAUGCCCAAGCCCGAGGUGACUGGGCCAGAGCUAGUAAAGGUUACCCCUCAAGUAUGGCUGCUCCCCUCCAAGCCCAUGCCCCAUUCUGAUUCCUGAUCUUCAGAACCCUGGAGGUGGGAACUGAAUCUUCCCCCACCUAUGGAAAAUA